GGCGCGGCCCCGGCGGAGAUGGCGGCUCUGACGGAUGUUCAGCGGCUGCAGGCCCGAGUGGAGGAGCUGGAGCGCUGGGUGUACGGGCCAGGCGGGGCGCGCGGCUCGCGGAAGGUGGCUGAUGGCCUUGUCAAGGUGCAAGUGGCCUUAGGGAACAUCGCCAGUAAACGGGAGAGGGUGAAGAUCCUGUACAAAAAGAUUGAAGACCUGAUCAAAUACCUGGACCCUGAGUACAUUGACCGCAUUGCCGUACCCGAUGCCUCCAAGCUGCAGUUCAUCUUAGCAGAGGAGCAGUUUAUUCUCUCCCAGGUGGCGCUCCUGGAGCAGGUGGACGCCUUGGUUCCCAUGCUGGACAGUGCGCACAUCAAAGCCGUUCCCGAGCACGCCGCCCGCCUGCAGCGCCUGGCCCAGAUCCACAUCCAGCAGCAGGACCAGUGCAUGGAGAUCACUGAGGAGUCCAAAGCUCUCCUCGAAGAAUACAACAAGACUACAAUGCUUCUCUCCAAGCAGUUCGUGCAAUGGGAUGAGCUGCUCUGCCAGCUGGAGGCUGCCAAGCAGGUGAAGCCAGCGGAGGACUGACUGUGGCCUCACAUCCCCUCCCUGGUGGCCUGAGGAACCCAGGCUCCCGGCCCGAGCUGACCCGUCUUUGUAACAAGACAGAGGCAGCUGUGUAUUUAUUGGCGCCUAAGGCCAUUUGUCUAGAGUUGGAGGUCAAGUUCCCUGAGAUCAGUUCUCUGUACAGUUAACAAUAAAGUGUAAAGAUCA